AUGAACGUUUUACUCCAGAAACAUGGUGCUAAACAUAUAUGUAAGGUCCCGGAAGGAUUACGCGAACUAUGCACCGACAUCACACGCGAGGUUCUACGCUCGCAACCGAGGAACAUUUAUUGCUUUGUUGCUGAUUACGUUGAAGCGCUUUUGAUCACACGGGAAAAUGCAAAAGUCGCGGUGAAAGUCGUAAACAAUAUUUUAUUGGGGAGUCAAGCCAUCGUGGGUAUACUUCACCGGAGCGGCUUGAGUUUGGAGCAGAUCGCCCGCGCCGCGCCCAGGAUUCAGACGGCGUUCCGCGCGUACUUGGACGCGGCAGACAUGCGAGCGACCCAGGUGUGCGACGACACGACUUGCGACGAGAAAUCCAAAGUAUCUCUGCAAAGUAUUUUGCAAGCGACGGGGGUCUCGCUGGAACUGGCGGAGAAGCAUGCCACGAUAAUACAAGUCGCUUUCCGUGGGUAUUACGAGAGGAUGCUAUUAAACGAGUCACGUGGCAUGAUUCAAUGGCAACGAGCGGCAACAAGGACCCUCGAGAUCCUGAGAAAGGCAGGAGCUUCGCAAGCAGAAGCGUCAAAAGCCGCCGUUUUAAUACAGGCUACUUACCGCGGCUACUAUACAAGGAGAAACUUAAAAAUAAAAAUGCAGGCGAUGCAACCGCAGGAGGAAAAGAAAGGGAGCGAGAUAGACAUGAUAGAACCCAAAGAAACCGUUCCAGCAGUAGCUUGGUUGGAUACGAUGUACGAGGAAUCAGAACUGACACCAAUGAAAGCAAAUGAAGCUGCUUCCACUAUACAAAAAGCUUACAGACGUUAUCGCGAGAGAAAAAGUAAUUCUGAACCGCCGAUAGAGUCAACGAAAUCGGCAGUGGUAGAAGCUAUUCUCAAAAAUUUGCAUCAGAAAGUUUUCGACGAAGUCAUGACCCGUGCGGACAUCCCCGUAGAAUUUGGCAAUCGAGAGGAUUUGGCGAAAGCUGGCGAAGAACUUCAACGCGCUCUUAAAGAUCGAUUAACACGUGCUCGCAUGGCACAGGAAGAAUACGACGAGGAGGAAUUCGCUUACGAAGAGGAGCCUGAUGAAUCGUUCGAGAAAGUGGUGGACUUAAUUAGCGUGCCGGAAGAUUGGCAAGAAGAUCGAGAGGUCGAAGUAAAAUCGGAACGUGACGGAGAAACAAACGCAUACGUGUAA